UACGUAAAUGUACGCGAUUGUAGUUUUUGAAAAAUGCAAUCGAAGACCUUUUGAAAAUCAUCGAACCUUAUGACGGUCACAGCAGAGAAAUUGACGUAUCCAGGCUCUUCAGAAAAUCAGGUAAGUUGCAGAGUCCUUUAUCAUCACUCAUCUGUAGGGAAAUCCAUUGGCUAUAGCCUUCGGACACCUAAAUGGAACACACCUUAUCUGUGUGAUUGGUUAAUCUGUAUACGUGUUUACUUACAUAUAUGUAUACGAAGGUAUACUCAUAAUAAAUGAAGAUCUAACACUUUUUUGUCAUUCUGUGAUUGUUGAUUGGCACAAGAACUGCAGUUUUUUCUGAAAAUGUCAUUACUUGCAGCUAGAAGAUUUUAUCUUUCACGAAAAACGAUUUCUAAUGAAUCGGCUUUCACCUAUUUUUGCUGCACAAAGACAACGAUAGCAACUGAUCAUGAUUUGGAGUACAUACAGCGGAGCAAAGUACCAACAAUGCACUUUCAACCCUCGCUUCCCCGUCUACCCAUUCCUAAACUCGAGGACACCUGUAGGCGUUACUUGAAUGCUCAAAGGCCCUUGUUACAUGAUGAACAGAUGCAGAAGACCCAAGCAAUUGUAGAUAAGUUUUUAAAAGGAGAGGGUGCAGAAUUGCAUGCAGAGCUGGUGCGCUCAGAUGCAGCUAAGCAACACACAAGCUAUAUCAGUGAACCAUGGUUUGAUAUGUAUCUAAGAGAUCGCAGGCCACUUCCCAUUAAUUAUAAUCCAUUUUUAGUAUUUAGUCCUGAGGACAAUGAACAAUACAAUAGUCAACUAGUCAAAGCCACAAAUCUCACUGUGUCUUCCUUGAGGUUUCUUAAAUCUCUGAGAGCAAAUUUGUUAGAGCCAGAGGUUUUUCAUUUAAAUCCUAAAAAGUCUGAUACCAAAUUUUUCCGUACUUUCACUGGUUUAUUACCAUCUUCCAUUUCCUGGUACGGAGCAUACUUGAUGAAUGCUUAUCCACUGGACAUGUCUCAGUAUUCCAAUUUGUUCAAUUCAACGAGAAUCCCACACCAAUCUAAGGACGAAAUCGUGCUGGACAAAUCUGCUAAGCACAUUGUUGUCAUGAGAAAAGGACGGUUUUAUGCCUUCAACGUCUUCAAUGAACAGGGUAAUAUUGUGCCUCCAAAAGAAAUCGCGACGAAUCUGCGACACAUUCUCGACGAUCAGAGGCCAGACAACGAAAAUCCGGUUGGUAUUUUGACGGCGUCGGAAAGAAAUAAUUGGGCCAGUAUCAGAUCGCACCUCACAGAAAUAGGAAACGGUGAGAUAUUGCGAAAAAUAGAUUCCGCGGCUUUCGUCCUGAUUCUAGACGACGAGCCUAUCGGAACGGACGAGAAUAAACUUCUGAGAAGGUACCUCCACGGUGGAGCUGAAAAUAGAUGGUUUGACAAGUCGUUUUCUCUAAUCGUCAGCAAGGACGGCUUCGCCGGUAUAAAUUUCGAGCAUUCCUGGGGCGAUGGUGUGGCGGUUCUCCGAUAUUUCCAAGACAUCAAGAAGGACAUAUCCGAGAAACCACGAUUUCAUCCAGAAGACGAGAGAUCUAUUUCCGGAGAGUCGUCUUUGGUCCAAAGACUGGAUUUCAAAGUGGAUGACAAGGCAAAAGAUGUGAUAUCAAAGGAAAGAACACAGUAUGAAAAGUGGACCAAAAGUUUGGACAUUGGUUUCAUGGUUUACGAAGGUUUUGGAAAGAGAGAAUGCAAGGACUUCGGUGUAAGUCCUGAUGCUGUGAUGCAGUUAGUUUUUCAGUUGGCGCUUUUUAAGCAAGAAUCUAAGUCUGUGGCUGCCUAUGAAUCUUGUAGUACUGCUGCUUUCAAACACGGCAGAACUGAAACUCUUAGACCUUGCACAGUUCAAACCAAGAAUUUGUGCUCUACCAUGACUAGUUCCAAGUCUGAUUUGUCUAUACAGCAAAUUAAAAAAAUGAUUAUAGACUGCAGUAAUGCUCAUUUAACACUUCUCAAGGAAGCUGCAAUGGGUCAAGGGUUUGAUCGUCAUCUCUUUGCACUACGGAAGCUUGCUGAAAAAUCGGGAAAGAAUCCCGAAAUUUUCCAAGAUCCUGGCUACGCAAUGAUAAACCACAAUAUUUUGUCAACGUCAACACUUUCAAGUCCAGUUGUUAUAGCAGGAGGGUUUGGACCUGUUGUUGACGAUGGUUAUGGUAUUGGCUAUAUGAUUCAAGAGAAAAAGCUGGGCGUUGUUGUUACAAGUUAUCGCAAUCACAGAAGCGCUAAAGAAUACGUAAAUAGCCUGGAAGCUUCAUUUAAGGACAUUCACAAAGUUUUGUUGAGCAAAUGAAUUCGUCGAUCGAUGUUUUUUUAACGGAAAUUUUAUUUUCAUUCUACUUGUUAAUUACAAUUGUAAUUAGAUACAAAAUUACAAUUAUAAUUAAUUGAUGGUGGAGGCCAAUGUUUUAUAUGAAUUUACUGCUAUCUGAAGUAUUGUCAGAUGCUACAAAGUGCCUUUGCCUCUGUUUACUAUGACAUAUUUACAUUUAUAUUAGAUAUAUUUUUUAUACUAUAUAUAUAUAUAUGCAUGUUAAAUCAAAUAAAAUGAUUAAAUAUGGUUACUUUUAUAUAAAUUUUGAGGAAUUAAAGUGUUUUUAUUUCACAAAAA